AUGCCCGAAAAUGAGUCACACGUCCUGAACGAAUUGGAUUUUAAUGGAGCCGUAGAAGAUCUGCGUUUUUAUAAGUCUCACGUGGUCCUCGACGAAGACCUGGCGAAGUGCGAGCCGCAUUGUGCGAAAGGUCGUUCUGGAAGUAUCACCGGCGCAUCACCGGAACCAAAGGAUCGUACACCGUCACUGGUGGUCGCAAACUCCAGCUCGCUUCUCUCAGUUCCAGGUUCAAUCAGAAAACGAAGCGGUAGUAUGCCGGCAUUCAAACUCUCAACACUGGCAAUGUUUUGGAAUCUGAGAAAGGAACAAGUUCGAGCACUUCGAAUGACUUGGGCAAGACUUUGCGAACCACCUCGCUCUAACUGUAAAGGCAUUGUGAAUCUGGUCGAAAGAGUCUGGGAGAAAUUGGACUCC